AUGCGUCGGUUUCCCUCCUCCGCACGGCUCCCGCUGAGCAACAGCAGCACCAGAAGGGCAACAGCAGCAGCAGCAGCUCCCCUCCGCUUCCACCGACUCUCUGCUCUUCCCCGCCCCUCCUCUUCUUCUACUUCUACUUUUAACUUCCCCACUGCUUCUUUAUCUACUUCUACUUCUACUCCCUCCUCUCUCAUCUCCUCUUCCUCUUCCUCUUCUUCUCUUUCCUCCUCUACUGUCCCUCCUCUUCAUCGCUCUUCUCUUCGUCGUGCUCCCCUCUCUCAAGCUUCCAAACGUUACUGUUCUUAUCGCAGGAUGUGUGGUGCUCGACGUGGAGAAGUGACCGGCUCGACCAACGUCCCUGGUGGUCGUGAGGUCUUGCCCACCAAUGUCAAGCCUCUUCACUAUGACCUGACCCUCGAACCUAACUUUGCUAACUUCUCCUACGACGGUACCGUCGUCAUUGACCUCGACGUCGCUGAAGAUACCACCUCCAUCUCCCUCAACUCCAACGAGAUCAAGAUCCAUAAUGCUGUCGUCUCUUCCCAAGGCGCCGUCGUGGCCUCCAACCCCGAGAUCACCCUCAACCAGGACCAGCAGGUUGCGACCAUCAAGUUCGCCGACACCAUCCCCGCUGGUUCCUCCGCCCAGCUGAAGCUGACCUUCACUGGUGAGCUCAACGACAACAUGGCCGGUUUCUACCGCUCCUCCUACAAGGCCGCCGAUGGUCAGACCAAGUACAUUGCUACCACCCAGAUGGAGCCUACCGAUGCCCGCCGCGCCUUCCCCUGCUUCGACGAGCCCGCCUUGAAGGCCAAGUUCACUGUGACCCUGGUGGCGGACAAGAGCAUGACCUGUCUGAGCAACAUGGACGUCGCCACGGAGACCGAGGUUGCGGGCGGCAAGAAGGCUGUCAAGUUCAACACCUCCCCCGUCAUGUCGACUUACCUCCUCGCCUUCAUUGUUGGUCACCUCAACUACAUCGAGACGAAGGCUUUCCGUGUCCCCAUCCGUGUCUAUGCUACCCCGGAUCAGGAUAUCGAACACGGUCGCUUCUCGCUGGACCUGGCCGCCCGCACCCUGGCCUUCUACGAGAAGGCGUUCGAUAACGAGUUCCCCCUGCCCAAGAUGGACAUGGUCGCCGUCCCCGACUUCAGCGCCGGUGCCAUGGAGAACUGGGGUCUGAUCACCUACCGUGUUGUGGACGUGCUGUUGGAUGAGAAGACUAGCGGUGCCGCCCGCAAGGAGCGUAUUGCUGAAACUGUCCAGCACGAGCUGGCUCACCAGUGGUUCGGUAACUUGGUCACCAUGGACUUCUGGGAUGGUCUCUGGCUCAACGAGGGUUUCGCGACCUGGAUGUCCUGGUACUCUUGCAACAGCUUCUUCCCCGAGUGGAAGGUCUGGCAGACCUACGUCAUCGACACCCUUCAGGGCGCCCUGUCCCUGGAUUCGCUGCGUAGCAGUCACCCCAUUGAGGUGCCCGUGAAGCGUGCCGACGAGAUCAACCAGAUCUUCGAUGCCAUCUCCUACUCCAAGGGAUCGUCCGUUCUGCGCAUGAUCUCCAAGUACAUGGGUGAGGAUGUCUUCAUCCAGGGUGUGCGCGACUACAUCAAGAAGCACGCCUACGGCAACACCCAGACGGGUGAUCUGUGGGCUGCCCUGGCUAACGCCAGUGGAAAGCCCGUGGAGGAGGUCAUGGACAUCUGGACCAAGAAAGUCGGUUUCCCCGUGGUGACGGUCUCGGAGAACCCCAGCAACUCCACCAUCAAGCUGAAGCAGAACCGUUUCCUGCGCACCGGUGAUGUCCGCCCCGAGGAGGACACCACGCUCUACCCCGUCAUGCUGGGUCUGCGCACCAAGAAUGGCAUCGACGAAAGCACCAUGCUGACCGAGCGCGAGGGCGAAUUCAAGGUGCCCGACCUCGACUUCUACAAGCUCAACGCCGACCACUCCGCCAUCUACCGCACCUCGUACACCCCGGAGCGCCUGUCCAAGCUGGGUGAGGCGGCCAAGAGUGGACUCUUGAGCGUCGAGGACCGCGCCGGUAUGAUUGCCGAUGCCGGUGCCUUGGCCGCGUCCGGCUUCCAGAGCACCUCCAGCCUGCUGUCGCUUCUGAAGGGCUUCGACAGCGAGGCCGAGUUCAUCGUGUGGAACGAGAUCCUGACUCGUGUUGGCUCGCUGCGGGCUGCUUGGCUGUUCGAGGAUGCCGCUACCCGCGACGCCUUGAAGGCCUUCCAGCGCUCUCUGGUCAGCCACAAGGCACACGAGCUCGGCUGGGAAUUCUCCGAGAAGGACGGCCACAUCCUGCAGCAGUUCAAGGCUCUCAUGUUCGGCAGUGCCGGUAUGGCCGAGGACCCCGUCGUCGUCAAGGCCGCUCAGGACAUGUUCGAGCGGUUCGCUGCUGGCGACGAGAACGCCAUCCACCCCAACAUCCGUGGCAGCGUGUUCAGCAUUGUGCUGAAGAACGGUGGUGAGAAGGAGUACAACGUCGUCCUCGACCGCUUCCGCCACGCCCCCACUUCCGACGAGAAGACGACGGCCCUCCGCUGCCUGGGUGCCGCAGAGGACCCCGCUCUGAUCCAGCGCACUCUGGACCUGGCCAGCAGCGACGAGGUCAAGAACCAGGACAUCUACAUGCCCCUGGGUGGUCUCCGCAGCCACCCCGCGGGUAUCGAGGCUCGCUGGACCUGGUUGAAGAACAACUGGGAUGCCAUCUACAAGCGUCUGCCUCCGUCCCUCGGUAUGCUGGGCACGGUGGUGCAGCUCAGCACGGCCAGCUUCUGCACGGAGGAGCAGUUGAAGGACGUGCAGGACUUUUUCCAGAGCAAGGACACCAAGGGCUUCGACCGUGCGGUUGAGCAGAGUCUCGACUCGGUCCGCGCCAAGGUCAACUGGGUCAAGCGUGACCGGGCUGACGUGGAGUCGUGGCUCAAGGCCAACAGCUACAACGGUAAGCUGUAA